CUUUUGAGUAAUAGCCAAUAUCUAGGCUCUGAGAGGUAUGGGACCUAAAAAUUUAGCUCGUGGGUGGCCGAUAAAUAAAUAUGAAAACUCAGUAAAAACCCGGAUCGAAUAGGGUUAAACGCAGCAUGUCGUUUCAUAAUUAGUAGUGAUUCGUUAUAAAUUAUAAACAUACGUUUAUAAUUUAAAAUUAUUAAUAUUUGUUGCCACGCUAUCAAUGAUACACAAACGAUUUUGAACGGAAGUACAAGGUUGUGUUGGAAAGUGUUUAAAAAAAUUAAAAGAAAAAAAGAACGGCAUUGAGAAUGGGAAGAACUUGUUACAUCGCUUAUAUCACACUUCUCUGGAUCACGCCUUGUGUCGCAUACAUCACGAGAUUGCCGUGCAAGCGUCAUGCAAACUUCACAGUCAUGAAACCAGAUAUAAGAUAUGCAGGCGCGGUGUUCGAAACACAUGCAGAUGUCAUAGCGCGUGAUUGCGCUUUGUUGUGUCUCUCACGCGAUGCUUGCGCUUAUUUCAACCAUAAAAUGGAUAACACAUCGUGUGAGCUGUUAACAAUCAAUUCUGGCACAGAACAAAGUGCAUCUGGUUGGAAAUUCUACUCAACAAGCUAUGGCACACCAAACAGAGGUCCAGUGUGUCGAUCUUUAGCACCUUGUCACUUCAGUUCAGCUUGUGAGGAUAUAUGCGAAAGUCCUGGAUACAAGUGCAUCAGUGGUCAAUUUCAAGGAAUGAUUGGAACAGUUUCUGUAGCUCCAGCACCUUUAAGUUCCUCUCACGACGCUGGGACACUAACUGAUGGUAAUUCAGGAACGUUUCCUCAUACGGUGAGCAGGGUGGACGCCUUCAUCUCGUUAGAUAUCGGAAUGGAAAAGUUAGUGAGGUUCGUCACAAUAAAGAUAUACUCGUCUGGCGCCAAUCAACAAAUAAGUAUUGGUAACACAAAUGCGAAUACAGGCAAUACAAUGUGUUCGUUGCUCCCUCCCUACGGGGAAGUUGAAAUAUUGGUGGAAUGCAGUGAUCUCUUGUCUGGAAGAUAUGUGGUUAUACACAAUACACCUGGGGCUGGCGCUCAAUACGUGCAUGUCCGUAGUAUGCAUGCUCACGUAGAUGUGUAAACAAAAUUGUUUGCUUGUUUGUUUUUAGUCUAUUUAAUUUACCCCUCUCCCCCCUCCACCAAUGUCGUUUUUUCUUCUUUAACGCUUGAAUUAUACUAUAUUUAACCGUUUUUAAUUUAAUUUAUAUACUUUCAUAUUAUAAAUUUUCUGACGAAUAGAUGUAAUGUCGAUGUAAAGAAAUAUAUAGAUUUAAAAAAAAUGAAACUUGAAAAGUUUGGAACUAAUCUUGUGGAACUUAGAGAUUUAUUGUAUUUCUUAGUUGUGUUGUUUUUAUUAUUUUUGAGUGUGUAGUUUAUACUUAUUUUUUAUUAAGUUGAAAGUAAUUUUAGUUUUCAUAAUUUUAUGAUAAUAAAUGUAUUAAGUAUUUAGUUUUGCACGGCAAUUUCGAGUAACUAUAACCUGGAGAAAAACAAGUAUAAGACAAGAAUAGUAUUGUCUAUUUAUAUGGAUUACGUUGUGCUGACGUUUGAAAAUGUUUUGAAACAACAGAUAAUAAGAAUUUCGCAAGAUGUUUAAUGGAGAAACGAAUUGGUGAUGGACGAGGUUACAUAAAAAUUCUUUCCCAACCUCAAGUUUGUCCCA